UAGGGCGGUGAGCCAAGGUGGUUGAGAAUCAGGUGCUGAAGGCUGGAGCCGUGGGUAAGAAUGACUCGCCCCAACCAAUUAGCCUCGCCGAUUUCUGCUGCCACUGCGGGCUUUUUGCGGCUCAGAGUUGACGGCACGACCUGCAGCGAGCGACAGCGAGGCACAAAGCACAAACUUGCAGCCACUCCCAACUCCUCUCCCCCCUCCUUCAAAACCCCACCACAAAAAAUCCAGGCACACUCCAGCCGCCUGACUUUGUGCGCUGCCCGUUUUUCUUUGUUUAUUCUUUCUCAUUACUGUCACUGCCGGUUCUGCGACUUGCGAGGAGUUCGACGCUCCCUCAUUGCGUGCAUUUUGAGACCAGCAACGCACGCGCCCGGGACUAGUUCCAGCGGGAGAAGCCUGUCAAGAUGAGCGACCCUCAGGGAAACGAGGCGGAGAAGAACAUCGAGAUAUGGAAGGUGAAGAAGCUCAUCAAGCGCCUCGAGGCCGCCCGCGGUAACGGCACCAGCAUGAUCUCCCUGAUCAUCCCCCGAAGGACCAGGUGUCGCGCGCCGCCAAGAUGUUGGCUGAAGAAUACGGCACCGCAUCCAACAUCAAGUCCCGUGUCAACCGACAGUCGGUGCUGUCGGCCAUCACGUCGACGCAGCAGAGGCUGAAGCUCUACAACAAGGUUCCGCCCAACGGCCUGGUCGUGUACUGUGGUGAAAUCUUGACGUCGGAGGGCAAGGAGCGCAAGGUCAACAUCGACUUUGAGCCGUUCAAGCCCAUCAACACCUCGCUGUACCUCUGCGACAACAAGUUCCACACCGAGGCCCUCGCCGAGCUGCUCGAAUCGGACCAGAAGUUUGGCUUCAUCAUCAUGGACGGAAACGGUGCUCUCUUCGGCACUCUAAGCGGCAACACCCGCGACAUCGUCCAGAAGUUCUCGGUCGACCUCCCCAAGAAGCACGGCCGUGGUGGUCAGUCGGCCCUGCGUUUCGCGCGUCUGCGUGAGGAGAAGCGCCACAACUACGUGCGCAAGGUCGCCGAGCUGGCAGUACAGAACUUCAUCACUGCCGACAAGGUCAACGUGGCCGGCAUCAUCCUGGCCGGUUCUGCCGACUUCAAGAACGAUCUGAACGCGUCCGACAUGUUUGACAACCGCCUGGCCACCAAGGUCAUCAAGGUCGUCGACGUCUCUUACGGAGGCGAGAACGGCUUCAACCAAGCCAUCGAGCUGUCGGCCGAGACGCUUGGUAACGUCAAGUUCAUCCAGGAGAAGAAGCUGAUCGGCAAGUACUUUGAGGAGAUCAGCCAGGACACGGGCCGCGUGUGCUAUGGCAUGGAAGACACCCUCAAGGCGCUGGAGCUUGGCGCCGUCGAGAUCCUGAUCGUGUUUGAAAACCUCGAGAUGAACCGCUGGACUCUCAAGGACAGCAGCGGCACCGAGCACAUCAUCCACUCCACCAAGGCCCAGGAGACGGCCAGCAGGGACCAAUUCCUCGACAAAGAGACGGGCCAGGAGAUGGAGAUUGUAUCGCAGGAGUCCUUCCUCGAAUGGAUCGCUGAGCACUACAAGGACUUUGGCACGACGCUGGAGUUCGUCUCGGACCGUUCGACCGAGGGCAACCAGUUCGUCAAGGGCUUCGGCGGCAUCGGAGGCCUUCUGCGAUACAAGGUCAACUUUGAACAGUUGGCUGAAGUUGACGACGACGACGACUAUUACGAUGAUUGACAGACUGAAUCCCUCGUUGACAACGAGGGAUCCUCGACUCGAGUAGCCGAGCCCGAGCAGGCGGUCAUCGAGCAGCGGGCGGCCAAGUUGUCGCCCGCGGAGCGGCGAGUGAAGAAGGGUUUCCCGUUCAGCCCAAGCCUCAACGGGGGUCACCAGGUCGCGCGCCCGAGCCCGCUUCGCGCUAUGAUGACGGCUUCUUGAGUUUUCUUUCGAGAGGAGAAAGAAGAAUGAUUGUGAGAUGAGCGAGCACCUCCAAAGGCCUGCUGCAACCCACUCAGAAAACAAGAUCCAAAAGAAAACCAAGAGGCUUAACGUCAGUCAUGCGCAAGGCCUGAUCGGUGGUGGUUCGGUUCUCGGGGGGGAGCAAGGUGCGAGGAGGCAUCGUACGAACGGGGGGCUAGGAGCAUCAAGGGGGACUUCUUGGAGGGACUUUGUACCACGAGGCACUUGUCCAGGUAGUUAAAGGAACCUAGAGAGAGAGGGAGAGAGCGGAAGCGAGACGAGGCUGCGUCUUUGUAUGGGCGAGUCUAUCCUAGGGGUUCUUUUCUUGAAGGAAGGGUUUUAUGGUCUGGCCUUGACGGCAUUUUAUCGGCCAUUGUAGGCGACUCCCUGAAUACGCAGGGUCAAGAUACAAUGGACAUGGCUCCCUGACUGGGUCAGCUCUGGCAUUGGUGUCAAAUAUUGAUUGUGUAUUUUGUGUAUACACCCU